AUGGCGUCGCCUCUCAGAGCCACCGCCAGCAGCGGGCGUCUCCAGCAGCGGUCGCCAACGACGCACGCCGUCGUGCCUCUCGACCAGCCGCUGCUGCCUUUCCGCCUAUCGUCUCCGCUCGACUCCACCGCGUCAGUGCGCGCUGACGACUCGACGGCGUCGCUACGAACAGCGAUAGAUGACGAACGUCUGUCCCUCGAAGGCCACGUGUCGCGCGAGGUGGAAGACGGGCAGUGGAAUCGCGCACACGCGUCGCCUACGAUCCGCCCAUCCCCGCCGUCCGUCCCCGCCCGCCUGCCAUUGCCGCAAUCCCGCUGGCCGCCACACCGCCUUCCCGCUCGCACCGCGUUCCUCGCCCUCGUCGCCCUCCUCGCCGCGCUGCUCGCUGGCGGCUCGCUGCUGCUCUCGCGGUCGCCGCUGCCGCCGCUGAGCGACCUGCUUUCGACCACCGGCGACACAGGCGACAGGCCCCCAGACGACACAGUGAGAUCUGACCUGCAGGCGCAGAAUGGGAAGGCGGGCGAUCGGCUGGUAGCGAGUGCGAUGGAGGGCGGUGAGGAGGGUGGGACCAGCGAGGAUGGCGCGGAGAGAGUAGACGCGGAGGGGACGAGGCGCAGGGAUAAGGGAGGGCACGCUGGCGCAAGAGGGGAGGCGGAUGGGGUGGUGCGCGGAAAGGAGGGUGAGGGCGGAAAGGAGGGUGUGAGCGGAAAGGAGGGUGUGGGCGGAAAGGAGGGUGUGGGCGGAAAGGAGGGCGAGGGCGGAAAGGAGGGCGAGGGCGGAAAGGAGGGUGAGGGCGGAAAGGAGGGUGAGGGCGGAAAGGAGGGUGUGGGCGGAAAGGAGGGUGUGGGUGGAAAGGAGGGUGUGGGCGGAAAGGAGGGUGUGGGGGAGAGAGAGAGUGUAGGUGGACAAAAGGGUGUGAGUGGCGGCGAGGGGUUGUUGGAAACAGAAAAAGGCGUUAUGCCAGAAGAGGGCGAGGAGGGAAGCAGGCAGGGCAGCAGCAGUGGUGAGAGAGAUAAAAUGCAAUUCAGGGAGGCAGGAGGUGAGGAGGGCAGCAAGGGAGAUGAGGAGAGCAAAUCAAAGAGGAGCAAGGAGAGGCGAGGGGAGAGGCGGGCGGGUAGGAGAGACAAGAGAAGCAUUCAGGCUGAGAGUGCAGCGGGGGCAGCAGCACACACCACCACCCGAGACAAUGUGACUGUAGCAAUCUCGACUCGACCACCAUUCACUCUAGCAAUUGUGACUCAAGGCAAUGUGACUCAUGGCAAUGUGACUCAAGGCAAUGUGACUCAUGGCAAUGUGACCCAAAGCAAUGUGACUCAAGGCAAUGUGACUCAAUGCGAUGUGAAUGAAGGCGAUGCGAGUGAGAAGCAGGAGGGGGCGACUGCAGCAGCUCCGCCAGCCAGCGCUGCGCAUCGUGCAGCGCCCGACCCCUCACCAUCACGAGCACUGCACCCUGCGUGCGACCUGUCACAGGGCACAUGGGUGCCCACCACGCGCCCACCGCUCUACUCGGGGGCCAACUGCUCGUGGCUCAGCCCGCAGUGGGCGUGCCGCAGGGCCGCCGACCGCCCCUCCUUCCACCACGAGGCGCUGCUCUGGCGCCCCUCGCACUGCGACGUGCCGCCCUUUGACCCGCUUGACUUCCUUGACCGCCUGCGCCACCGCACCCUCGCCUUUGUGGGCGACUCGCUCGCCCAGCAGCAGUUCCAGUCGCUGCUCUGCCUGCUCAGCUCUGCGGCGCCAGGGGGCACGGAGGACGUGGCGGGCGAGUGGGGCUUCGUGAACAUCCCGGUGAAGAGCAAGUACAAGCGCAUGCGCCCCACCGGCUAUGCCGUGCGCUUCCCCGCCACCAACACCACCAUCGCCUUCUCCUGGUCCUCCUGCCUCUGCAAGGUGGGUGCCUGCGCGCUGUGGGGUGGUGCCUUGCAAGGCGGGCUUGGGUGGAGCCUGGCGUACUACAACGAGAGCGACAUGCUGGAGGGCGGCGCCGCCAUGCACGUGGACCAGCCGGACGACUUCCUGCAGGCCCACCUGCACCGCCUGGACGUGGUCGUCAUGAACAGUGCUCACCACUGGAGCAGGCACAAGGUGCGCGAGAGCAAGUGGGACGUGCACAUCGCAGGGCAGCCCGUGAACAUCGACGACCCUGACCUGCUCCUCCACGUGCAUGUCAACGCCCCUCCGCUGCCACACUCCCACCCCGCACCCAAGAACAGCAGCCGCAGCAGCAGCAGCAGCAGCAGCAGCAGUGAGGGCGAGAGCAGUGAGGGCGAGAGCAGUGAGGGCGAGAGCAGUGAGGGCGAGAGCAGUGAGGGCGAGAGCAGUGAGGGCGAGAGCAGUGAGGGCGAGAGCAGUGAGGGCGAGAGCAGUGAGGGCGAGAGCAGCGAGGGCGAGAGCAGUGAGGGCGAGAGCAGUGAGGGCGAGAGCAGUGAGAGGGGCAGCACGGUGCGCAUAGAGGGCAGCGCUGGCAUCAUGCACGCCCUGCAGCGCAUCGCCCUGCGCUCCACCAUGGCCUGGCUGCACCGCCACGUCGCACCCAUGGGGGGUGGCGCCAGCCAAGGGCAGUCAGGGCAGGCUCAGGGGGCGCAGGGGGGUGAGGGAGUCGUAGAGGAGCCUGGGGGUGGGGAGGGCGGGGCAGCUGCAGCACAAGGGGGUGGUGGCAGCAGAGGUGCGGAGAGGGCGGGGAGGGCACCGCUGCUGCUGCUGCGCACGGCGUCGCCGCGGCACUUCUUUGAUGGCGAGUGGAACUCCCGCGGCCACUGCGACCACAAGCGCGUGAGCGACACAAGCCCUGCCCUCCUUGCCCCCAUCUCAUGCCAUCCCUGCCUUCCCCUCAAUGCUCUCCCUGCUCUUGGUGCCCUUAUGCACUCCUCAGAGCAGGCGGUGGCGGGGCUGCCCUCCCUGCACCUGCUCAACACGUCGCACCUGUCGUCGUUGCGCCCCGACGCACACCCGUCCCAGUGGGGGUACCUGCUGGAUGGCGCCCACCAGGACUGCCUGCACUGGUGCCUGCCGGGUGUGCCCGACACGUGGAACCAGCUUGUGUACGCCCACAUGCUGCUCCGGGACAUGCGGGAAGGGGGAGAAGGGGGGGAUGUGAGGCAGUUGGAGGGUGAUGCAGGGGAUAGAGGGAUGGUGGGAGGAGUGGGAGGGCGCGAGGAGAGGAGAUGA